AUGGCCGCCGCUCUUCCAGGCCUCGCAUUGCAAGCUUUUGCAAAUCUAUGGGGUCAACAACCCGAACUAGCAGCCGGUCUCUACGCUGUGGGUGCAGUUGCUGCUGCUGUGCCGCGCUACGUCCCAACGUUUGAGCAAGCCAAGUUCUGGUGUCAAAAGCCUAGGCAGUCGACUAGACCUGUCGCUGAAUCCAUACCCGUCGCUAGCGAAGCACUUGGCACAGUCAGUGCGACAUUCUCUCGAAAUCGCCCGCCACCCGUCGUUGUCAUAACGCGAUCUGCUUCUCCUCCGCUGGCUUCCGAGAUAAUCCUGACAUCUAAAGACCAUGUGGAACCUGAAGUAUCGGAUUCUUCCGCGCCGUUCAAUUCCGCCUAUACUGACUCCGACUCUCCAACUGUACGUUCCGUCACAUCGACAGAGAGCAGCUCAUUUCAAGCCCGACCCGCGUCCAGCGCUACGAUUGAGACAUUGCCGGAUGUAGUCAACAAGGUCUUGGGAGCCGUGCCAGCGGAAACAUCAAACAUAUCCUCCGAUCAUACCGCACCGAAACCAUCCAUCAAGACCUCCGUUUCGUUGAUCGCCGCAUCAGACGAAACAGCGGCAAGCUCAUCACGAUUUCCUAUUAGAUGGGCUAGUACUCAGACCUCCGCACCGUUGAAUAGAUCCUCGGAGCCGGAAGGCGAAUUUGCUAGUAUCUCCGUUGAUGCUGACUCGUCUGCAUCAGAUAAAGAAGCUUCUAUCUGUACAAACAUUAUCUCUACAGUAUCACCGAACAUGUCUUCGAAUGGAAUACCCACUCACAGGAAUUCCACUCCGGAUGACCCACGGCUCUCCAACGAAGCGACACAACAAACUACUGGUAUUGCAUCUAGCAGUGUUACAUCUAUAGACUCUGGUGAACUUUGGCAGAAGCUUUCUCGGACAUUAUUCCAGGUGGUCGCCGACAACUUGCCUGCUUUGCCCAAGUCCUACAAGCAGACUGAGUCUCCUUCAAAUGAUAACAAGGAUUACAAACCUUCGUCAAAGACGAUCUCCACUCGAUUACCAUCUGAGCAGUUUCUGCCUGAGACUUUGGAUGAUUUCUCCAGGGUUGGAGAACAUCGCCCAAUCUUCACAACGUCAAUAGAGAGACAGUCCAGCGAACCACUCUACCCUUCGCCGUUACUAGCGGAAUCCGAAAGUCUGUCCAGUUUUAAAAGCCGAUACGCGUCUGAAGAGAGUCAUGUGGCACAUCGCGCGGAACGAGAGCCUACUGCCUCAUCCAACUAUAACGACUUUAUCAGCUGGUUAGACAUUGUGCUGAUACUAGUGCCUUCGAUUCUCAUCGCCACAAGCAUAGGUCUUGCGGGCAACGAUCCCUUGGACCAGGAUCUCUAUGCCACUCUAGUGGCUACACUGUGUAAAGUUGUCGUUGGGUGUCUCCCUUGUCUCGAUUUCCGUUGGCCGACCUUGCGGUACUCAUUCCUUGCCAUGUACAGACACUCUCUGGGGUCCAUUUCCUCCUUCAUGGUAAAUUUUACAGGAUUUGUUCGUCAAUGGCAGGAAACUCUAUCCGGAGUUUUGAGGAAGCAACAUGCCGACCACAUCAUCGCCGACCGGGUAUCAUAUGCUGUUCUCAUUGGGUUUGUGUUCAUUGCCCUGUUGAUCACGAUCAACCAGAUGAUUACUCGACUGCCCCAACAUGCAGAACUAACUCAGUGGGAAGCAAAUCGUCUUCGUCUGUACAAGGGCUUCGUUGGCACCAUUGCCACCUUGAUUGUAGUUUGGUUCAGCGAUUACGUCCAGGAUUUCAUCUUGGUCUUUACCACGACAGGUUUUGUAUACCUGCUUCAUUCGUAUUACGGACAGAUACUGAACUUUGCCUCUCGCUCGGUUUUCGAAACCUAUAGGUUGGUCAAGGAGGCGAUGUGGCCAUAUGUAGCAGUUCACGCCGCUGUCACUGCUACGGUAUACCUUGCCAGCCAUCCACAGCAAGUCUUCGAGUGCUUCAAAGGUAUCAAUGGCGGCGUGUCUCUGCCCAUCAACCAUUGUGCUAUCGUGGUGAAAUAUGGGGCCCUCUUGAUCGCUGUGCUUCUCAUGCACAUACCAAUUGUUUCCCGUGGUCUUCGGAUUAUCCGAGCUCAGAUUCAAGAGAGGUACAACCGCAUCGCGCACGAUCGUCCUGUUGCUCCAUGGCAGCCUACACUCGGAGGAGACCGCUUCUGGUUGUCGCUUACUAUCAUCGUUCUGGGCGCCAAGAAAGUGUCUGAAGUUACGACAGAAUGGGCUGUUCCCAUUCUCAAGACCGGUGCUAUGUUAAUCGUCGCCCUGACUUUGGCACGUGUGUUGAUGCCAUUGUGUCCUAUGCUUCUCAGCCGCAUUUGGAACACUGUACAACCUUGCAGUGCAGAAGUAUCGAUGACGACCGCUCACGCAAUUAGAGAGACGAUGCUGAUGACUUCCAAACGUGCUCUAAAAUUCCAAAAACGGUCUGUAGAACUACCGACGCGCAUGAUAUCCGACUCCGUUUCAAACACUUGGGCGAUAGUCUGGCUGGUCCUUGGAAAACAUUCAACGAAUUUAAGAUUCUUUUACAACGCAAACAUUGAACCUGUUGUAGUCUACAUUGGUCUGAGCUGCCAUAGCAACUGGUGUCAAGGUCGAGUUUGGCGGUGGGUUCCGCGCGCGAUAGUCAUUGUCUUGGCCACUGUCCUUUGCACCGUGGGAAGGGUCAUCGCCGCCAGAGCAUACCCCGAACAUAAGGUUCGUUCAUGCCUAAGCUUCGCUGUUAGCUUCAUGGCGGUUUAUAUCCUUGGCACCUUCGGAGCUCUGGGUUGCACGCAAGACUACAUCAUCGUUCUGAUAACCAUUUUUGCCAUACUAAUACACCUCCCACUUGAGAUUCAAGCACCUACCAAUGAAACACCUGCUAAUGUAGCACUCGUCGGUGAGUCACCUAUCGACGAAAUACUUGCUGCUGAUGAGCUAUUUCUCGAUGUCAUGCCGGCGAAUGAAGACCCGGCUGUGGAAGCAGCCCCUAACCUCCCAGCCAGACUGGCGACGAGUGCGCCUGGGUCUGUCGCUCUCCCUUCACCUUCAGGACGGUGGUGGCGGCCAAUGAUAGAUUGGUUCCACAUCAACAAUGCAGCGCGAGCAGCGAAAGUAAGGGCCAUAGAAGAGGCUAAGGGUGUUGUUGCAGAACAAGAGAAUGCGAAUUUUCGAUCACAAGUUGAACUCACAAGGCAAGAUCAGCCCUUAAUUUCCAUUGAUAUUGAGUAUUUACAGAGGCUUAGAAACUUGACAUCUGGAACGAAUACUACUCAGCCGCCGAGCAACGAGGAUGAAACGCAAACAGCCAGAAAAGCGUGGAACACUACUCAGCCGUUUCGACCAAUGUACAUGUAUACUGAGCGGGAGUAUCAAACCGCUUUGCGCGGAGAGAUCCAUGCGACAACAAUAUCAGAGGCUACCUUGGAGCCGCUUGUUGAGUCUGUUUCGACCCCUCUCGCUGAAGAUUCAGCGGUUUCUGUGGCUGCCGAUCUGUCGAUUCUCGCUUCCGCAUCUCCAUCUGCGACUACAUCCGUACCCGCUCCUCCGUUCACUCCUGCUACGCCUGCCGCACCUGCUCCUCAGACCAUAACUGCUCUUUCGACCACGUCUUCUCCAGUCAGAGCCUAUUCAUCAUACCCAGCGACUCCUUCCAGUUCUCUGUUUGCAUCUGCUUCAACGGCAAUACCUGAUGUUACGCAAGGGCGCAUCGCCAGUAUGAAUGAAGUGCCAACAGAGGUUGAUAAUCAAGAUGCAUUGCCUUUCCUCAUGACAAGCUCGUCAAGCUCCAGACCGCAAGGGGACUAUAAUCAUGAGACGAGUACCUCAAUCGCAACCACGACGACACCUGCGAUCUUAGACAGAACACCUUCCCACGAGCUUGCCUUCGCGCCCGUGACUGGGUUGGCCGAACCUGGUAUGCCGGCCAUGGGUCCGGGUAGCGGGCAGGGACCAUCAAGUCUUCCAAGCCCUACGGUCUCAGCACCUAUCAUCCAGAGUGCUGAGCCAUCUCCCGGUCCAAGCAAGUCACUGGACGAAGACAAGCUUGCUGGCGAACUGGAGCGUCCUGGUACAGAAGAUAGGAUUGGUUUUAUGGAGAACGCUCAGGCGGACGGUCAACAGCAAGACCAACAACACAACGAAGGAGACAGCGACGAUGAAGAAGACUUUAGCUCAAGUGGUGGUGAAACUGGUCUCGAUGACAGAACCUUUGAAAAAGAGCCCAUGGACGAAAGUGAAGGACUAGAUGAUGAAGAUUUGGCGGCAGCUGAACAGCUGCGUGAAGAGAUGGAGAGUGGAGCCAAACGAAAUGAAGUCAUGAUUUCGGUACAAGCGACUUCCGAUGAAGCACCUCCGCCUGCCGAUUACCGCGAUGACAACGAGCAGACGGGAAGUAAGACGGAACAACCGGUUGAGAGUACUUUCAUGGAGGUGGAUCCGGUUAUAAUACCCUCAACUGCUGGAGACGGCCUCCAUGACGAGCUUGGUGAUGUGGUCGACACACCUAUGGGUGGUGUUCCGGAAGAUGGUGCUGACGUGCUGGAGUUGAAAAUCUUGUCAGCAAAUUCUGGAGACGACACAACAAUGGGAGGUACAAAUGAUGAAGAGGCUUCUGAUCGGGACGGAGGAACCGGUGAUGAACAUAAUGGAGAAUAUGGAGGAACCAGUGGGAAUCGGCCUACUUCUUACAAACCAUCUGGAGACGAUGAGAAAACUGACACCAAUGAACCAUCAACUGUAGCCGAUCCGUCGAUAUCGAUGGGUGACAUGGUAGGAGGUUCUUCGAGUAUAGAGGGCUUUCACGGUGAGAUCGUUCUCGACACCCAGAACAACAAUUAUGUUCAUACCUCGGACAACAAAAUUGAACCGAACAACCCGAAGGAUGAAAAUGGCGGUGAUGAUAGCAGCGAUCGUUCUGAGCCAUAUGGAUGUCUUCAGGCAUCCGCGGUUGGUGGAACUACUUCAGCGGCACCAUUCUCAAACGCUGGCGGAGCCAUUGCUGCCGCUGCGGAUACUACCAUGAUGGAAAACGACGAAGACAGUGAAAUGAUUGAUGUAGCUAUCAUAUGCGAAGCCGAAAUGGACAAUGCUGGUUGCAAUGCAUCUGCAUCAGCGCAAUUCAACGCUACUGAAUUGCUGAAAGCGACUCAAGCCGGUCAGAGUGCAGACAGUCAACCAAAUGAGGGUUUUACGACCCCAUCUGAUAUGGAGGGAGGGCAAGAUCACAUCACGGACGAUGAUGAUGACUGGGACAGCAUCUACGCUACUGCCGAUGGCCAUCUUUCCUCUCCCAACGUGCCGAGAUCUUCCACUGUGCAAGACCCUCCUAUCGAUCCAUCGGGUACAUACAGCCCAUUUUCGAAUGUAAGCUCCGGUGACUCAGGCGGAAAUGUCUCUCCAUCUCAUCAGAUCGAUGACUUCGGAACUGAAGAGCUUGCACAGAUUGAGGCCAAGAAGAAAGAUAAACAGAUGCAAAUAGAUGCACAAAGAGAUCUUGGUUUGCCUUUGGAUGGAUACGUGCAACUACCAGGUAUCAGAAACCAGAGUCAUGAUGACAUUCGUAGAGCCGAUGACAAGCACGGAGAUCUUACCGCAGGGAUCAUGGGGAUCGAUUCCAACAACCAUGACACUGACUAUCAACAGACGCACGGCAUCGACCACGACUUUGAGACCUCACCAGGUACUUCCCCAGUCGAUGUUCAGCUCCCGACUGCCGUCAUCGAUGAAACCAAUACCGAUACCGAUGGUCUUAAUUGGACGGACAUCAGGCCCAAAACGCGCCUGGUUCAGCUCUGGGAAGACAGACAGAUCGUCGACAACCCCGAUUACCCACCUCAUCGAUCCGCGGGCAUGAGGUCAUUAGAGGCAACAUACGGGCAACCAUGCCAAAUUUUCCGAGAAGUCGACAUGGCAGCAUAUGAGUUUUUCGGCGAGAAUCACGAGAACUUCCAAUAUGCCCAAGAAGGGGUCGAUUGGUUCCAUCCUGAAGCCGAAGGUGCUGAACCCCGAGACGAACUUGAAAUGUUUUGA